AUGAGACCCAACAGAAUACUCCUCCUCACGACAAUAUUCCUAUCCCCCGCCCUGGCAGAGCCAUUCUGGCUGUCCAUCGAGCUGACUCGAGUCGACUGGCGGGAUGGAUGCUUGACGACGGGCGGAUGCUCUCAGCCCCGGUUUCAGAUCCUCGCCGAUUUACUACCAGUUUCCGAAAAGAUGUCCAUUUCUUGGCCGGUCAGCGAGCACUUUGUGCAGGAUGCGGCCCGUCAAUUCGUCCCGCAUUGGCCUGGCGGCUCGCCGAACGAUGUGAGCGUCUCCUGCCAGGUCGUUGGCACGGAUCCGACCUACGGAUUUCCGCGCGUCUGUGACCAGUCGGCCUCGAUGCGGAAAACGCAUCGCGCUCGACGCGAGUUGAGCACGUUUGAUGAGGACGAGCCGAAAAGACAGCUCAUCGAAGUCCGAGGGAAAUGCUUUAAUGCUACGUUGAUGAUCCAGAAGCACACUGAACGGUGUCCGUGGUGUCCGCAUCCGUCCGAAAUGACGGUUAUCCAACAGGAGAUGAUGGACCCAACAUCUACCGCAUCGUUGCUAGCGUCGUUUGGGUCUUCCUCCCCGACUUUGGCGGCUUCACUUUUGGGGCUCACUGCCAUAGCGAUGUUGAGCUCAACAGCUUUUGCCUGUCUGCUCAUAUCGUACUUCCGGCAAAGGAAGAGGUUUUAUAAGCAGCUCAAGCAACCCCGAUUCCACCCCUACCGCGGCUCAACCCUCGUCGCCCAAAAAGACGACGAAAACCGAUAUGACCUACCCUGGGAACAAACAAGACCCCUGACCUAUUGGAUGGGCGGCCCGAGCAAGGGAACGACAAGUCCGGGCACUACGACAAGUCCUCUCGAUUCGGCAUCAUCACUACCGUAUGCCUACCGGAUGCCGCCGAGCAUGCCACCUCCACAGAUCAACGUCCCAUCGACACGAAUCUAUCACACAAUCGGAAAUAACCACCAUCACCCACCGAUGCAGCACGACGAUUCCGGGCUGGAAUCUGUU